UUGACCAAAUACUUACAUUAUUUUCAUACCUAGGCCCCAGGUCUUGUCCUUAAUAUUACAGAUUCAGGAACUAGUUUUUAAGCCUUUUGACCAAAGUGGUCAAGCACUGAAACAUUAAUUCAUGCUAUCCAAACUCUCAAAGGAUUAUUUAUAAACCAGAAUGUUUAUUUGUUAGCAUACAAAAGGAAUUAAUUACUGUAAUAUUGACUGAGUAUAAAUAUCUAUUAACCAGAACACAUUUAACUGAAUAAAGAUAGAGAUCAAAUAUGAUUAUAAAAUGUUUAGUUUUCAAGAUUUAACGUGAAAAUAACUGGGUGCUGAAAGCGUCCUUACUGCAGAGGGAUGGCCUAAAUCCCUAAACCCUGUUUCUUGCGUGUCUUAAGCAUGUGCCAGAUUCGGAUCUACCAGUCUUGCCUGGUUAUGUAUGAAUUGAGUUGGUCUGUGCCUUAAAGACUCCUCCCCCGCAACUGCACCCACUUUGGCUGCCACACACCAAUAGUGUUCUCCCACCUUCCCACCCUUUGUCCUUCUAUUUCAUUCCUGUCAUAUGUCCAUUCCCCUCACUUUCAGUGCCCAGGCUACCCCAUCAAAGGUCCCUCCUAACCUAAGUUCUGUCGUCACCUCCCUACUUUUCCCUUGCCUCCCCUAUUAAUCAUCACCUCCCAGGCUGGCACCCUCAUCUCCCAUUGGGCCCAGCCUGGCCCCACCUCUCACCCCGAAUCUUCCCGGGAGUGGGCGCCGUGGGCCCGCUCCCGGACCCAGCUGGGAAGCUGCGGGCGGGGGAGACACUUUAUCCAGCUCUUUGCAUGAUCUCCCUCUUCCAUGUUCUCCCAGUCCUACACACCGCCGCCCCAUCUACCCUCCCCACGAACACCAGAGUCGCCUCUUGCCCGUAUCUGUGCGGGGGGAGGUCCCCCGCGAAGGCAGCAAGGUGUCUCCAUCCUUAAUGGCAGGUGCGUCCAGAUGCCGGCACCCACGCCCGCCCGGGCGGAGCCCCAGGUGAAGGGGAAGGGUGGUUGGCGCUGAGCCAAUCAGAGCUCAUGACAACAGGGACCAGCCAAUCCGGACCCGGGGUGGUGAGGGCCCGCCCCCUUGCAGCUGGGUGGCCAACGCCUUCGCCCAGGGCUGCCUAGCGCCGCGCUGGUUCCCGAGCCCGGAGCCCGGGCGCCUUCCGAGCGGGGAGACCGCGCCCUCCCGCCCGCCCGGCCCGUCCCCCGCCGCCAGCCACGGCCCCGGCCUCCUCAGCAGGUGUCGGCGGUGCCGCGGACGCAGUCUGACCUGAGCCGUGCCGCUCCCGGAAGACUUUGUGCCUAUGGUGGGGGCCAGAGUGAGGUCGUUGCCUUGACGACGACGACAGCAUGCGGGCAGCGGUCCUCCUGCGCCGGAGCUUGGGGCCGGCCGCGGCCGCUCGGCCGGUCUCCGCUGCCCCCGGGCCCUGACUGUGUCCUCACAAGGAAUCGUAACAGCCCUGAGGCUGCUAGUUUGCUAGUCAGCGUUUUUUUAGACCCGCGGGAAAAAGAGAGAGAGGGAGAGAGAGAGAGAUGAAUUUCACCUCAAAUUGGUUUCCAAGUUGAAAACCUUUGGGUCUUUUUCCACGUGAAAAGGAUAUUAAAGAAGCACAAGAAAAAUUCUUCUGGUUUUGAAUUAAAAUGGAUAAAUAUGAGAACCUAGGAUUGGUUGGAGAAGGGAGCUAUGGAAUGGUGAUGAAGUGUAGGAAUAAAGAUACCGGAAGAAUUGUAGCCAUUAAAAAGUUCUUAGAAAGUGAUGAUGACAAAAUGGUUAAAAAAAUUGCUAUGCGAGAAAUCAAGUUACUAAAGCAACUGAGGCAUGAAAAUCUGGUGAAUCUGUUGGAGGUGUGUAAGAAAAAAAAACGAUGGUACCUAGUCUUUGAGUUUGUUGACCAUACCAUUCUUGAUGACUUGGAACUCUUUCCAAAUGGACUAGACUACCAGGUGGUUCAAAAGUAUUUGUUUCAGAUUAUUAAUGGAAUUGGAUUUUGUCAUAGUCACAAUAUCAUACACAGAGAUAUCAAGCCAGAGAAUAUAUUAGUCUCCCAGUCUGGUGUUGUCAAGUUAUGUGAUUUUGGAUUUGCACGGACAUUGGCAGCUCCUGGGGAGGUUUAUACUGAUUAUGUGGCCACCCGAUGGUACAGAGCUCCAGAGCUAUUGGUUGGUGAUGUGAAGUAUGGCAAAGCUGUUGAUAUAUGGGCCAUUGGUUGUCUGGUAACUGAAAUGCUCAUGGGGGAACCUCUCUUUCCUGGAGAUUCUGAUAUUGAUCAGCUAUAUCAUAUUAUGACGUGUUUAGGUAAUCUCAUUCCAAGGCACCAGGAGCUGUUUUAUAAAAACCCUGCCUUUGCUGGAGUAAGGUUGCCUGAAAUCAAGGAAAUGGAACCUCUUGAAAGACGCUAUCCCAAGCUCCCUGAAGUUGUGAUAGAUUUAGCAAAGAAAUGCUUACAUAUUGAUCCAGACAAAAGACCCUUCUGUGCUGAGCUCCUGCACCAUGAUUUCUUUUGUAUGGAUGGAUUUGUUGAACGGUUCUCUCAGGAACUACAGUUAAAAAUACAGAAAGAUGCCAGAAAUAUUUCUUUAUCUAAAAAAUCCCAAAACAGAAAGAAGGAGAAGGAAAAAGACGACUUUUUAGGUGAGGAGAGAAACACUCUUGUGGUGCAGGAUUCCAAUGCUGACCCUAAAAAUAAGGAUUCUAGAGUAUUAAAGAUAAAAGGGUCGAAAAUUGAUGGAGAGAAAGUUGAAAAAAUCAGUCGAGCUUCAAAUGUCAGCUGUCUCCAUGACAACGGGACUAGCCACAUCAAAACAGUGCCUUCAACAAGCCUCAGAGAUUGCAGCAAUGGCAGUGUGGACCACACAAGGAAUCCAGGCACGGCAAUUCCUCCACUUACACACAAUCUUUCUGCAGUAGCUCCUGGUAUUAAUUCUGGAAUGGGGACUAUCCCAGGAGUUCAGAGUUACAGAGUAGAUGAGAAGACCAAGAAGUAUUGUAUUCCAUUUGUUAAAGGAACUCAACAGACUCCACCAGGCAUUUAUAAUAUUAACAUGACCAAACCAAUCACUAGUGAAAAGAGCCUCCUUCAGGCAAAUAAGAAAAGAAGAGAAUACGCAAAGACAGAUGUCCAUUUGCCCGAAUUAAACUAUAAUCAUCUCCCCGAACUGAGAGCCUUGGAAGGCAUAGCUCGAAAUUCCAGGCUAAUGAGGAAAGAGAACAAAAACCUUUCAGAAUCUCAAAUUCCUUCUCUGGCUGCUAUUGAUUUGCAUGCUUCCAGUGUUACACUGCAUCAGUUUCCAUGGGCCAGAAGCCUGGGCCAAGCUGCUUCUCUCCUUCAGAGUCUCCCAGGCCGAAAUCCAGAUGUCAGCAGGGCUGCAUUUCUUUCUGGAGGCUCUAGGGGAGAAUCCAUUUCCAGGCUCCUUCAGGUACCAGGAUCUCCCCUGCCAGAGGACUCGGAGGCUGAUUUACCUUGGAUGGAGCACCAGCACUGAAUGUCAGUUUGGUUCUGAACAGGGUGCUGCUCUACCAUUUGAGAUGACAUCCUCUUGGAACAAAAGUGCUGAUAUCCCAGGAGGAGAUAUACAUGGUUUUGAUCAUUUACUUCUGAACUGCCUGCAUUUUCUGAGAAAUGUUUUGCAGAAGAAGAGACAAUGACUUGCAGGUGUUUCAAAGGAAGAUUGGGCAAGGGUCCUCCCCAACUGUUACCCAUCACCUUUGAAGUCCACUGAUGCUAUUUCAGGAUAUAUCAAAUGAAAGAAUGGUGAUAUGGUUCUCGUUACAUGAGUGUAUAUUUACUACUAGUAGGUUGUGUAUUUAAAGGUACCCAAGAUUAACAGUAAGUAAAAAAGAGGAGAAAGAUUAUAAAAGUUUAUGUUACUUAUGCAUUGAACUUUGUGUGUUACUUGCAUUAAUGUGUACAUUUAUUAAGAGUGUGUUUGGUGGAUGUGGGUGCUAAAAACUAGAAUCAGUUGAAAAAAAUGAAAGAGACUAGGAUCAGUAAAAAAAAAAAAUGUUUCCUUUACCCUAACCUAAUUAUAAAAACACAUUUAAGAAUCUUGCUUGUUUCUAGGCUUUAACAAGAUAUGUGACUGCUCUCUAUGGAUAGAUGUGUUUCUUUGGUUUCCGUGAUUAUAGUUGAUGUUUGAUCAGUGUAUCAUGGGAAUCUGCCUCUCUGCUGAUCUUCUAAGCAUCAUAUUAAGUGCAAGGUUUGCAAAGAACCCUUUUUAUUUCUAAUGAUUUGGUACAGCUGGGUCUGGAUAGUCCUCUGCACUGUGUGUGAUUCGGGGGCUAAUGUUCCUGUGAGCAGGAAUGUGAUUGGGACAAGAGUGGGAAAAGAGAAUUUUGUAAGUAUACCUUGGAGUUGAAUACUUCUCAUUGACAAAAGAGGUAUACAUACAAAAUUAGGAAAUGGGAAGCAAGGUUACCCAUUGGCUAUGAUUGGUCACUCUUCUCUGGGCCGAAUCCUGCUGAACUCCCCAGCCAAAGAGGCUUUGGGCACGAGAUGAACAUUGUUCUCGACUUUACUCCUAUCCACUGGUAGUUUGAAGGUGAUAUUAAAUAGAGUAUCUUUCUAAAAGCCCAGAGAUAUUCCUGUAUUCUUAUUUUCUCAAACACCUAGGCCUUCCCAAAAUCUUGUAACCAAGGUGCAAAAUUAUUAACCCACAGGACACACAUCUUUCCUAAAGCACUGGUCCUCAACUUUUAGGUGGGAGAGUUAAACCAAUUUGGCUCUCGCUUUUUCAUUUCUUGGUUUCUAGUCAUGCUCUGCAUUUAUCGUUUUAGAUAAUGGUUGUUAAGGGGACCAGAAUUUGUGUGGGGUUUUUUACCUUAACCAAUUAAUAGUAUGUUGUUGUUUUUUCCAAAAGACAUUGACUAGAACUUAGCCCAGGAAUUUUACUAGCACUUUUCUCUAUUACCUACCCUAUAGAGCUUAAUAUUAAAAUUCUAAUCAUACUAUCUGAGCCUCAAAAGAGUAGGACAUUAAGGAGGUAAAAUAAGUGGCUGCAAUAUAGAAGUCUAUGUAGGUGGCUCAAUUAAACUUUGGUCUUGAUUUUGAAGCUCUGUCUUUAACCUCUGACCUGUGUUUGACUAGACCAGGUAUGGCUAAUAUGCGGAACAAAGUUAGUGUAUAGGCAUUACUAGGCCUCAAAUUAAAAUAUUAUUAUUUUUACUUUGAAUUAUGUUUCAACAGCCACCACAGCAUAAAAAGCAGACACUACUUAAAAGUCAAGUAGCUGUCCAGCUUAUUUCAAUUUAGUUUUAUUUAAAGAUUGGUGUGAAAAUAUCACCUCAGUGUCUGAGGGUCUAGGAUUAGACCUUUUUUAUUCUAUAUUUGCUCUUGGUAUCUUUUAUGGAUUAAAACAUUUUGUGCACUUUAGAAUUAAAAAACUAAAAGCUUUUUAUUAUAAGUCCAAGUUGAGACUUAAAGCUCAUAUCUGAUUAGAACCUUAGAAGAAGUACUUGAGAAAGAUUUUGCAAACUGGGACUAAAGACCCUGAACUAAAAUAAUCCUAUUUUUUUUUUUUCAAUUUAAGGUUACUUUGUCUUUCCUUACAAGGAUAUGAUUAAGUCACAUACUAAUAGGAAAUAUGUAUAUGUACUAGUGGGAAAAUGGGCUUGCUGUGUGUAUGUAUAUUUUACAAUUAAUAAAUAUAUGUUAUUGA